AUGAAUCUGAAACAGCUCCGUGAAGAGGCUUCGAGUAGAAGAGUUACUGCUGCUGGAAGUAAGGAGCUUCUGGAGAGGCUCUGUGCUGGAGGUGCCAACGAUUUUAAAAACAAUGGCGAAGAUGAUAGCAAAGAUGGUAAUGCGCUGCAGAAAGUGAAAACCAUUGAUGACAUGCGAGGAAUGAGUAUAAAUCAGCUUCAAGAAGAAUCUGGCGCACGAACACUUAUUGUCGUUGGCACGAAGGAGCUGCUGGAGAGAUUGUGUGGUGAUAACCGCAAUGUCUCAAAUGACAAUGAUACUGGUAUCCAAUUAGGCGGUGGACGCGAAGAGGUUUCGUUGCCGUCUUCAGCGGUGGAGGUUUCGGAGUUCCGACUGAGAACGUGCGUCUCCAGUGGCGGUGUGGUGGCCAUCAUUGCUAAACGACGUCGCUGGGAAAUCCAUGAAGGACUGGAAACCUGCCGGGCCAACACCUUCGAGAAGCUUGAUAAGGCAUGGUGGCAGCUUUGGCUAAUGAAAGUGCCACGGGAAAAUCGGUAUUUUGCACAAUGUCGUAAUGCAUGGUACGGCCAGAAGAUAGCUAAAGGACACUUGAGCCUCGACAUGGGUAAUAGUAUUAACUGCAAAGGAACUAUUCAGAUAGUUCGAAGAGGCGCCGAGGGGUCAUGGUUAUCAUCAGUAGCUUGGUACCCGUCAAGACACUUAGGGAGUUGGGCCUCAACUACAAAAAUCAUCUGUAGAGGAUGGGUAGAUCAAGAAAUGGUGCACUUCACCUGGUGCAUUGUACCAAUUUUAUUUAAUUUAUUUCAUUCCGGAGUACUAAUGAAGAUGGAAAUUAUAUUCUCUAUUUACUAUGGUGUGGAGCUUCACUUAUGA